AGAGGAAGGGAGGUGAGGUGAGGAGAGGAGAGGAGCGCACGAUCUAAAAAAAAAGGGGGAAGGAAACAAGUGUUGGACCUGCAAGGUGUUGGAAGUUUGCGGGGUUUUUUUUUUCGUGCGUGUAAAUUUUACGCACGGUGUAAAUAAACGUUUUCUGCCAUCCUAACACUCACACUCUCACACACGCUCUCUCUCUCUCUUUCUCUCUCUGUGUGUGUCUUACACGCGCACCCCGGCGCUGGUUUGUUAGUAUUCUGUGGAGAAGAUCUGUUCCAGCCAGCUGAGGACGUGAGAGGUCUGGCUCUUUCACGCGGACGCGCGCCGUCUCGGUUUUAUUCCCCCGUAUUCUCACGCGUUUUCACGCGCAUUUCGCCUCAUUUCUGGACCCAAUCAGCUGCGCUCAACCGCCGUUUCUGCACGGCUGUCUCCACACACACCAGUGUGGCUCAUUUAGCCGUGAUGACAUCAUGAUGAGGACACUGCUCUCUGUAUGCUCGCCUUAAAAAAAAAAAAAAAUAAGAAAAAAAAAAAGAAAAAUCCGAACCAGCGGCACUUUCCCAGUCACUCAGACUGACAGGAACACCGGAUGCAGGAUUUGUCUCCAAAUUCCGAAAGGUCGGCUGCAGUCAGAACACUUAAAGGCCUAAUCUUGUUUACAAAUAAAGCUAAAAACACUGCGGAGCGGGGAAGGCGAGCCUCAUGAGUCGGCCUCGCAAAUUUGCAUCUACACAAUGGAUUUAACUAAAAUGGGCAUGAUCCAGCUCCAGAACCCCAACCACCCCACUGCCCUGCUGCAGAAGGCCAACCAGAUGCGUCUGGCCGGGACUUUGUGCGACGUGGUCAUCAUGGUAGACAGUCAGGAGUUCCACGCCCACCGGACUGUGCUAGCCUGCACCAGCAAAAUGUUCGAAAUCCUCUUCCACCGCAGCAGCCAGCAUUACACCCUGGACUUUCUUUCACCAAAGACUUUUCAGCAGAUCUUGGAGUAUGCUUACACUGCCACGCUACAGGCCAAGGUGGAGGACCUGGAUGAUCUUCUGUAUGCUGCGGAGAUCCUUGAAAUUGAGUACUUGGAAGAGCAAUGUCUGAAGAUCCUGGAAACCAUCCAGUCCUCUGAUGAGAACGAUGUCGAGGUCAAUGCAAAUGAUGGAAGCACAGAGGAGGACGAGGAGCGCAAAGGCCACAAUGGAGCCAAGAACUCUAAACACCAUUCCAGUCCAUAUCUGUCAGGUAACCACCAGGCCUCCACCAUGUCAGGCAUGGUGGACCAGAGUCCCUCCGUCUCCACCUCCUUCAAUGCCUCCACCCUCAGUCCCACCAAAGCUGCAGUGGACAGCCUGAUGAGCAUCGGCCAGUCUCUGCUCCAGCAAGGCUUUGGUGGCGAGCAGCUGAUCCAUGGCAACUCCCACCACCUGAUGACAGAGAUAAAGACUGAAAUGAUGCAGGUGGACAUGGGAGGCAACGGCACCGACAGCCCUCAGAACAUGGAGUCCAGUGUCUCCAGCAACGGAGAGCGCGGUGGGGAGGACAGGAACCGAGACGGACCGGGGACACCCACCAGGAGCAGCGUGAUCACCAGCGCACGUGAGCUGCACUACGUCCGCGACGACGCCAUGGGAGACCAUCAGGCCGAAGUCAGUCAGAUGGGACUGGAGGCGAUGGCUGGAAUGACGGAGAAGCACCUGGCCUCGCUCUAUGCCCUGCCUAUCAAUCACAAAUCGGACGCCAUCAUGUCCAUGCCGGCAUCCAUGGCCUCGGCUCUGCCCAUGUCCCCCGCCCUGGCCAUGUCUAUGGACUUCAGUGCCUAUGGCAGCCUCCUGCCACAGAGCUUCAUCCAGAGAGAGUUCUUCAACAAGCUCGGGGAGCUGGCGGUGGGCCUGAAGCCGGACGGCAGGCACCAGCACGAACGCUGCAACGUUUGUGGUGCAGAACUUCCAGAUAACGAAGCUGUGGAGCAGCACAGGAAGAUGCACAGUGAAAUGAAGACCUACGGCUGUGAGCUGUGCGGGAAGAGCUUCCUGGACAGCCUCCGUCUACGGAUGCAUUUGCUUUCUCACUCAGCUGGUGAGAAGGCCAUCGUUUGUGACCAGUGUGGCGCCCAGUUCCAGACAGAGGAAUCCCUAGAGGCUCACCGACAGAUCCAUACCGGGUCAGACAUGGCCAUCUUCUGCCUGCUCUGUGGAAAGCGUUUCCAGACCCAGACGGCUCUGCAGCAGCACAUGGAAGUCCACGCCGGCGUCCGCAGCUACAUCUGCAGCGAAUGCAACCGGACUUUCCCCAGCCAUACUGCACUCAAACGUCACCUUCGCUCACACACAGCGGGCGAUCACCCGUAUGAAUGCGAGUUCUGCGGGAGCUGCUUCCGAGACGAGAGCACGCUGAAGGGUCACAAACGCAUCCACACCGGGGAGAAACCCUAUGAAUGUAAUGGCUGCGGGAAGAAGUUCAGCCUCAAGCACCAGCUGGAAACCCAUUAUCGCGUGCACACAGGUGAGAAGCCAUUUGAGUGCAAGCUGUGCCACCAGCGAUCCAGGGACUACUCGGCCAUGAUCAAGCACCUGCGCACCCACAACGGCGCCUCGCCCUACCAAUGCACCAUCUGCCUGGAGUACUGCCCCAGCCUGUCAGCCAUGCAGAAGCACAUGAAAGGCCACAAGCCUGAAGACAUCCCUCCAGACUGGCGCAUAGAGAAGACGUACCUUUACCUCUGCUACGUCUGAGACCGGAAAAGUGGAGAGAAAAAAAGAUAACGUGAGAAAGAGUGAGAGAUUGCAACGAGAGGAGAGUAGAGGUAAGGAGGGAAUGUAUUUGAGCAGAGGAGGCAUGAAGCUGUAACGGGAGCGUUUACAGUUGAGUAACGUCAACGACGAGAGACUAGAAAGCAAAAAGAGUUUUGUUUUCACUUUUUCUUUUCAUGCAAAGGUGGCAGCAGCGCUGGCCUUACGGGGAGGGGGGUGAAGGGUGGGGGGUUAAAAGGGAAAGUGGACACAUUUGGGACAGAAGUGCUAAAGCGAGGAAGGCUGGGACACGGAGAGGGAGAGAAUCUCCGUCAUUGUUCGGAUUCACCGGGUCAUUCACUACAUCUGCAACUGUGUUAUUGUUUCAGGUCAUUUCAUGCAGCGCCGUAAAGCAAGCAAACAAGCUGCAAGGAAGUGACACUUUAAAAAAUGUGUGUCUGCGGUUGCUCACGGAGCACAGAUUCUCAAGGGCUAUCUGAACCUGCGCAUUAAUGCCACUAAGAAUCUUUACUAAAUUUGAUAGAAACUGAAGUUGCGAAACAAUGUUUUUGUUGUUGUACCAGAUUUUUUUUUUUAAUUUAGUUUAGCCUCAGUUUAGACCCAAUUUGUUGAUUGUGCUCUCCAAGUUUCUGAUUUUUUUCUGAACUGUGACUAAUUUUACUUGGAGAAGGAAUGAGUCACAUUUUCCAAAACUACCACAUCAAUCCAAAUGGACACUCCACAGUGAGUGUGAACCACUCCUAAUGUGAAAAUAUGCCAUUAAUUCUUCCCAAAUGGGAAAUAUGUCCAUUUUUAUAACCUGAACAUCGCCCCCUGUGCCUGAACAGAAAAACACAACGGCUCUUCCAAGAAAUCUGACAGUGAAAACUGUCCAUUCAUUCCUUCAGCUCCACAGAUCCCAGUGGUGGCAGUGAGAUAGCCCAUGAGAAUCGGCACCAGAGCCAUUAGGCCUAUGCAGUAGAUAGAAACAGCUGAAAUGGACAGGUGGGAGCAUUAAAAUCCUGCAAACCAAGCACCUGGGCAGGAGGAUGCUAGUGCUGCUUAAACCUGGAAAUCUCCUCCAGUGUUUCCCUCAGUAGUCUUCCUGGUUCUGAAUCUGCAUCACGUGACGGCAGGACGAGGAGUCGCCGAUGUGCCCAUCAAACGUUCUCCAGCAGGAGAGCCAAACUGCUACCCACCAGUCACUUCUUCAUCUCAUAUAUGUUUGUUAUAUUAGCUCUGCGUCAUAGUUUAUCACAGGCUUGGUUGCAUAGGUAAAACAAACGACGACAACGGUUUCUGUAUCAAAGCCUGCACGGUGUAUAUCCUUCGCAUUAAACCGUUACUCACUAACGUAAUACGACACCCAGUUACACCCAGAGCUACUCUCAUACUCAGCAAUAGAAAACUGGACUGCUUUUAUCCAUGUACAUUUGUAUCCAUAUCACUAUCAUUAUCUCACACUAAUGGCAAACUGACACACAGUAAACAACAGUAAACGGCCCCCAGUACAGCACAUCUGUCCGUUCAAACACCAAGUGAUGGAAAACACAAUGGAACGAGGCUGCUUUCCGUGGAGGUCCUGUGACUUUUGGUAGCAAACGUUGAGUAGGUGCAGGAAAAAACCCUGAGCUGCACACCUCAAGAUUUACUUUGACGAGACUGUUAUUGGCUACGAAACGUGAAUGUGAAUGACUGUAAGCCAGGUUCUUACAAGAGUUUGGGUUUUUUUUUUUUUUACGUAUCGUAAAAAAGAUUUUUACUGGGUCUUAUUCCAAGUCUGAGGCCUGCAAUUCCAACCAACGAGGUGCAGCUACUCUUGGAAUAGUUCUCCAGGUUUUCUCUUUGAAUGCUGUGCAACAAUUCAACAGUUCCUGUUUAGGAAUAAUUUCAUAAUGUUAAAAAUGUCGUCAACUUGAAAUCGGUCAUCGGCCCAGAUCACACAAUUGUUUUUGAAGGGUUAAGACGUACCCACAUAUUUUUUUUAUUAUUAUUAAUAUACCUUAUUUACGAAAUUGAAAACCUAUGGUUGGAAUUUUAGACUUUCAGACGUCCCUAAAACACAGCAUCAAACGUUUGCGGUACUCAAGGCCAACAGGUAUUAAGGAUGAACUGAAGAGGCUAAAAAAAGCAUCACUGCAUAUCUGAAUGUCUGAAUAGCCGCUGGAAAAAUGCUGGGGAAAGAAAUCACUGAUUGGUCGAGACACGGCCCGACAGCUUAAGUGGGCGACCAGUAAGACGACAGGAUAAAUCAACUCUUCUUCUGUGGUUUUGUCCCCGCGCUUUGUUUCUCUCGUCUCCAUUUUUCUUUUCUUUUUUUUUUUUUUUGUAUUUUUGUUUAUCUUGAGUUUAAUCUCAACACAUCGUACUUGAAUUACCUCGUUUUUGUGACCUCAUGUUGCUUGUGUGUUUUGUUCUGUUUUUUAAUUUUCCCUUUUGUUUUUCGUUCUUGCGGUUUGUUCCGUGGGUGUCGGGAAAGAUGCAUUGCACAACACGAUGAAGCAAUGUAUGCGCAGAAAAAUGUAAGUGCCACAGUGAAGAGAUUUGUGGAUUUCUUUGUGCAUUAGUUAUUACCAAACUUGGUAUUAUUGUUAUUAUUAACCCUGCUUGUUAAAGAGCCGGAAGGUUUGGUCAUUUGUUAUAAAAAAAAAGCUACCUCUAAGUUGUUUUUGUUCUCUUAUUUUGGCAAAAGCACAUGUUUUUGUGUUUGUGUUUUGCAUUAUUUCAUCAUUGCUACUUCAUCUCAUGCUAUGUUUGUUUGUUUUUUUAAGUUGAUUUAUGAUUGUCAUUUUUAAGCAAAUGUAUAUAAAAGGAUAAGAAAUAACAUAAGUAGAGGUUGAUAGGAUGUGAAAAUCAAGUGGUGUUUAUUCUUCUCUGAUAGUCUCCCCCUCUCCCUGCACCGCCACCCAUAACCACAGGGCUAAAUGUAGCCACUUAGCCCUGAGUGCCCCGAAUCUUAUAUGCACAAUGUGGGCCACAUCUCAGCCCAACUUAACCAUGUCAACCCUGUCUGGCCCAGUAUAGGUCUCUGAAAAAAGCUCCAAUAUAAUUCAAAUUAAUGGCCCAGAUUCUGGUCAACGCAGAAUGUGGGCCACACUUCAUUGCUGUAUUUCACAUGACAAAACUGGCCCACAUCUGAGAUCUGGUGGUCCAUUUCUAGUGACCCAGCUUCAGCGCUCAUGAACAAUUUCACUUAGGCCAGAUAAGCCGCGUUUCAACAAAUUGUUACCUACAUGUGGUCAAACUUGUGGCCCACAUUCCAAAUUGUGGGCCAGCUGCAAGUUGCUGACCAUCGAUAAUUCAUUGCUCUAUAGAGGCAAAGAGAAACAGUUUGUGUGGACGUCAUUGUUAGCACUAAUGGACCAGGAUCGUCCUUCCAGUUAGUCUGAGAUAUGACAUGCGUUCUGUACAUGAAAUCUAAAACAUCGCUCUCAGUGGGGGAAGUGGACAACUCUGCAAUGUGGGAUGUAGGCCAAGUGUUAAAGGCCCACUACUGGGCCAGACCAGAUUUCUGAGUGGGUAUUAAAAAAAAUGGAGAAAACUAAAAGAUAGCAAUUUUGAGCCUUAAGUGAUGAGUCAGCGGAGUGCAGCAGACAAGAGGAAGUACUUUUUUUUUUCUUUUUAAGGUGGGUUUUGAAAGUGAGAAUUUAAACUUGAAAAUAUGUUAAUAGAAUUGUAGUUUUGUAAUGUGAAAAAAGACGGUUCGUCAAAGUGGCAGAACCUCCCGUGCAGGACAGGUCAUAUUUGCAGAGAUGCAGAGUGCGUUGGACAAUUGGAACUGCAAGCGGUAAUCAAAAAAAUAAACAAAAAAAAUAAUUAAAAAAAAAAAAAUAAACCACCAAGGUUGAAAAUAGAGAUUGUCCGGUGUGACAAGCUCUCUCAAGAAAUGAGUGUAUUCCUGAACAAGAGCCAACAGAGGCAAAUUUGAUAUAUAAAAAUUGUGAUAUUUUUGUAUUCAGUGUCAGUCCUUUUUCCAUUUGUGGAGGGUUAAAGCAGGGCACAAAUAUUUGUAUUUCUUUUUUUUUAUUAUUACCAGUUAUUUUCUCUCUGGGUGUGAAUCAUUUUUGCCUUGCUCCUCUUUGAUAUUGUUGGACAAAAAACGUGUGUGAACAUAUUGUAAAAAUAACUGUUGCUUUCUGGAUGUCAAUUGCGUUGUAGGUGAAGGACUAAAUCUGCCACAAAUUUUACAAAUGUGUGUGUGCGUGUGUGUGUGUGUAGGUGACAAAGUUCAAACAAAAAAAAGGAAAAAAAAAAAGAUAAUGAUAAAAUAUGGCAAAGCAGAGAGACGCUGCCGCCACCGACCAAUUAGUACUUGUCAUUCACGACUUUUUCAAUCAAACUUGACUGUCGACAUGUUAUUUGUUUUUGUACUUGAAAAAAAAAAAAAGAAGAGAUGGCAUGUCCCGUGGUGUCUUGCCAUUUUAUUCUCAAACACUGUGAGCCGAGGGGGCUUUUUAUUUACCACCCUCCUAAGAUAUCCACCCACUUCAAUAGUCAGAUUCAGUCUCAACCAAAGACAGUGUAUGGAAAUGUGGACGUGGUUGAUGUUUUUGAUCUGCAUCAAUGGGAAAAAGUUGCAACUUUUUCACCAGCUAAUGCUAACAUUAGUGAACAGUUUUACGGCGAGUUAAUAUUUGUUCGUCACUUACUUGAGGGUCAACUUGGCAGAUUUAUAAAUCAUUGUCCUGUUUAGAGGAAAAUGAAUGACAAAGCACAACAUUUAUGAGUAUUGUGGCAAAAACAACCACACAGAAGUUUCAAAUACAUAGAGCAGAACAAUUGUUGGAUUGAUCCCUUGUUGCUAAUAUGCUACCAGCAAACAUGUCCACCAGAAAUGGCCCAACCAUCCUUUUCGUAAUCAUUGCCUAUCCGUCUAUGUUUUUUUGUUCUUUAUUAUUUAAUUUCCUCUAAAUCAGAAUGUUAUUUUUCAAUCAUGAAAAUUCUAAUGUAAAACUAAUGGGACUUCAACAGAUUUCUGUUUAGGUGCAGUUGCUCCGUGACAUCAACUUGUACAGCAACACUUUGUGACCACAAUUUGCAAAUCGAUGGCUACGUCCACAUUCUUAUACACAGUCUAUGGUCUGAACGAACACAAUACAAUGCAAGAACCUGUUAAGUCACAUUAUUCCCAUCAUCGUCCUCUGAAUGUUUUCUACUUUUUCGUGUGGGUGAAAGAGUGUGUUCUAAAAGAGUGUGUUUUCCUGUGCGUGCGUGUGUGUGAGUGUAUUAGUGGAAAAAUGCACUAAUCAGAUCAGAUACAAAAUAAGAGGUUAUUCUAUGCCACUUUUUUCUCUAUGUUGGAAAAAUAUAUAUAGAUAUAUACAUUGGCAUCGAUAUAGUUCUUCCCUCAGUGUUCCUCGGAUGUUUCUGUACUAUCUUUGUGCCUAAAAAUGGAAAUUGUUCAACAAAAAUAACCCAUCUAUAUCUGCUUAGUUUCUGUAUUUUCAGGAGAAAAAAUAAAAAAUGGUGUCUCCAGCUCACUAGGGAUGUCAUGACGCCUGCAUCUUAACUGGAACUUGUUUUCUGUAGCCAAAUUUGGGUGGCAACUAAUAGCAUUUAUUGAGCGACAUAACACAAGGCAGAUGAGAUUUAAAAAAAUAAAUUUAAAAAAAAGAUGAAGGGCAGAUGUGAAAAGACAUCGUGUGUUUUCAACAUGUCAUGUUUCCUCUGUAUAGUACCAGGACCUUGAGAAUUUAAUUUUGGUUCAUGUGAUGGUGGCCUGUGUUUCCAUCACAGGUAAACCAGAGGAUUGUUUGUGUGUAGACACUGUAUAUCCUGUGUAUUUGGUUGUAAACACUGGAGUAUUUUCAUGGUCAUAGAAAACUACAAACCAGUGCAAAUAGCAAAUCUAAAAACCAUCCACCUAAGUAUUCAACAGCAGUUAUUUACAGGUGUUUGUUGUAGCCAACAGUUGGCAUCCAAGUACCAAACAUUAGGCCCACAUUUGUACCACAACCGAACCUGGGACGGAAUUUUUGCAGCCCCAUGCUAGUAAACUUAUGUGGCCAAACACAGGUCCCAGAGGUACACCAGAUUUACCUCAACAUUAGUGACAAAUAAGAUGAACAUGUGGUCUUUUUUUUGACAGAUUUUUCAAGAUGUCCUUUUAGUGAAAAAUGUACACAUGUACCUGGACAACCUCUCAUUGUAUGAGUCAAAAAGUAGGACAUUUGUUUUGUUUGAAUCAGUUGUCUGAAAUGUAUCUGAUUUUUUUUCGAUUCUAUUUUUCCAAGUUUCCAAACAGUUUGUUAGCAUUACCUCAAUAGAUCCCCGCCCCCCCAAAAAUAUUAAUUUUUAAUUGUAAAAAUCUGGUAAAAACAGGCAUGAUUUUCCCUUUGAAGUUCUUGUGGGACUUUACAAAUGAAUAAUUGUGCCUUUAAGCUUUCGGUUUAGGGUUUGGAUUACUGUGGAGAAACUGUACAUAGUUCCUGUCCCUAGUUCCUGGUACUUGGUUCCUGCAGAGGAAACACAUUCUUUGUCACAUUUAUUUUUUUCCUUCAAAGCAACAGGUUUGCUAAAGAAAACUUAAAAUUUGCUCUUAAAAUUUUUUAGCCUCCAUUAAGGAAGUUUCGUUUGUACUUUAUUUUCUUCUACAUAAUGCCUUUAAAAACAUAAAAGGAACCGGGAUGAUAGUGGAAAUUUAUUCGGAGGGUAAUCAUGGCAUCCCUGGAGCUGGCACUCUGUGUUUCGGUGUGGUGUUUGUUUCUAGAACAAAAAAAAUAAAAAAAUAAACAAAAAAAAUAAACAAAAAACAAAACGUAGCCAUUUUUCAUGCAGUGUUGCGAUGCAUGUGCCAUCCAAGGUCUAGACUUAAAAACUGUUUUUUUCAGUAACAAAAGCACCAAGACAUUGUAUUUUUUUAUAUAUAUAUUAGCACUGAGGACCAAUUGCCCUGUCGGACCAAGCUAUAACCAAGCUUUUUAUUGUAACAAAGCUUUUUGUUCUUCUUUUUCUUUCUUCCUCUUUGUCUUUUUCCUUGGCUUCGUCUGUGCUUCUUCUUCUUCUUCUUCUUCUUCUUCUUCUUCUUCUUCUACAUUUGUCGUGACAGCACAAGUGCCAGUCGAGUUGCUCUGUAUUAAGAAAAUAGUGUUUUUAUUAUGAUCAUGAUGAUUUUUUUUUAUUUGAAUUGUUAUAGUUUUGUCUACCUCAGCACCUAAUCUUAGCCUAAUCUUAGAAGGUGCCCAAUUAUUAUUGUUUUAUUUUCAAUCUCCUAUUGUUGUCGAAUUGUUUUAUUUUGAAAAAACAAAAUUUGCAUUAGAGCUUUGCAAAGGUCCUUUGUCUUUUCCAGCGACGUGCUAUGUUUUUGUUUUUCCUUUUUUUGUUUUUUCCGUGGCAGUGCGUUUCCUGUUGAGCUGUGCCACCAAUCUAUAGCCACCGUCUGUUGAUAUAGAGGUUGUUGUUUAUUUUUUAUUUUUAUUCUUUCUUUUUCCCCAUGUAGAAUCAGACACAUCUCUUUGUAACAUUUCAGUGUUCUCUGAUGGAGUGUGAAAAAAAAUAAAGAAUAAAAAGGAAAAAUAAAAGAUGCUGACGCUGCAGGUUCUCUAUCUCGUCCAUGUUGUCACUACAGAGUCGAUGUUGUGCCUUUGAUAUAGUGGAAAAAUAAAACGAUAUACCGACUA